AUGGAUAAUCUAAUUUCAAAAGGUCAGGAAUUUUUGAAAAGUGGUAAAGUUACCAGUGAUGAUGCUAAAACUGCUUACAAUGAUUUAACUGCAAAAGAUGGUGGUUCAUUCCAAGACAAAGCUAAAAAAGCAUAUAAUGAUUAUACUGAAGCUCAUAAAGGUGACUCAUCAAAAUCAUCAUCAUCAGAUUUAAAAACUGAUUCACAUGAAUCAAAAACCUCAGAAUCAAAAUAA